AUGGAGCUGGCCACGUUUUGCGAGCUGUUCGCCCAGCUUCGCGAAACCACGGCCGCCCGGUGCGCCAGCACGCGAGAAUUUGUCGAUCGUGUGCGGUUGCUCGUCCACCGGCUGAAUGCCAUUGCCCCGGGAUCCAUCGGUGACCGAGCACACAUCGCAAUUCUAUUAACACAGAUCGGACCGGAAUACGUCCUCGUCGUGGAUGCGAUCCAGAAUGACAAGGACCCGGUCAAUCCGACAACGAUUGGCAACCGUCUCGCCAACGCGGAGCAGACGGUGCAGCGAAAGGACGCUGCCACACUCCCGCACGGAGCGCCAGGAUCUGCAACCAACACCUCUAUCAAUACGGUGCAGAAGACCGCAAAGAAAUGUGCCUACUGUAAGAAGCGCGGCCAUGUCGUCGCGGAGUGCUGGAAGAAACAGCGCGAACAACAACCGCCAAGGGACCAUGCCCUCAAGACGGAAAGGAGUGUUUCUGGCUCACCAAGACAGCAUUUGCGAACCAUACCAUCCAGCCAGAGGGAAGAACGGCAGGGCCCGCCGACUUCCAAGAGACCGCGGAUCAAUAUCGUGAGGGCGAGGGUGACGACCCUUUAUACCCACGCACCGUCCCCGCGGUGGAUCCUGGACUCGGCCGCCACCAGCCACAUCUGCUGGGACCGGAGCUGUUUUGUUAGCUUGCGGCCCCACCGUGAGAUGUUGGAUACGGCGGGCGAUCCAGUAGAAGCCGAAGGGAUUGGCACGGUGAAGCUCACGCUCCGGGGGAAGUUUAACCACCCCCUGGUGUUAAAGAACGUGUAUUUCGCGCCACGCAUCGGAAUGAACCUGAUCAGCGUGCCGAAACUGCUACGCGACCGCUACUCGGUGGUGGCACACCCACAGAACGUCUUUGUGCAACGCCGAGGACGGACCGUGGGGACGGCCUACCAUGCGGAGGAGGAUCUGUUGAUCCUGCGGUGUCAUGUGAGCAAGAGAUCUCGUGAGCGAGUCCAACUGGCGAGAGCGCCGGCCGACCGUGUCCAUGCAGAUUCCCUGGAACCGCAGGCGGUGGACAUGGACGUCGACGGCCCUCAGGAGUCAAGUGGCGUAGGAUGCGCAUCGCCAACCUCUGAACUCGGUGGUGAAGCUCGGAUACUCGAAGAAGAUGCAUGCACAGGAGUGGGCCAGACCACCGAAGCGCUGUGGCACGCUCGGAUGGGACAUCUCAACCGGGGAGACUUAAGGGUGGUCCUCCGUCAGACUGGCACUCCGUACCGACCGCUGACUCGGGCCGAACUGCUGGCAACGCCGCAGUGUCCGGCGUGCAUGUCGGGUAAGCAGCAUCAGAAGAGGAACUCUCGUGCAAGAUGGCCACGUCUGCACUCGUCACAAAUAUUUGAAACGAUCCAUUCGGACGUCAUGGAAAUGCCCGUCGCCAAAGAUGGCUCCAGGUACGUGAUCACCUUCACUGACGAUUAUUCUCGAGGCUCGUGGGCGUAUGCCAUAAGAUGGAAACAUGAAGCGCUGCAGAAGUUCCGACAAUUCGAGGCCUGGGUGCGCCGACAGUUCGGCGCUCAGAUUAAACGGUUCCUUACCGACAACGGAAGAGAAUACUUGCCAAUCGGAACACAUCUCGAGUCCCAGGGAGUCGAGUUUGACACGUCGCCGCCAUACUGCAAAGGGCAGAACGGACUGGCUGAGCGCACGAAUCGCACUAUCCGGGAGCGGAUCAACACGCUCCUGUCCGAUGCGAAACUUCCUCCUUCCUGGUGGCCCGAGCUCUUGGAGACGGUAGUUUAUUUGAAGCUGCGCGCGCCAGCAUCAAUUCUGCAGAAGAAAACACCGUUUGAAGUACUAUACGGGAAGCCGCCGACGCUGUCGCACCUCCGACGGAUCGGCUCCCGUGCAUGGGUACUGAUUCCAAAAGAGCAUCGAGCUAAACUCGGACCAAGAUCGUCCGAAUGCCGACUGCUCGGUUACUGCGAACCGAAUCAGUACAGGCUUUACGAAGUACAUUCUGGAAAGACAGUCUUUUCCCGUGAUGUCGAGUUCGAUGAAAGGACCCCUGUGGCGCCGCUCAUCGAGGGGGAAAUAGGUAACGACCUCCCGGACAACGCUCCUCCAUCACCUGUCUUCGCUGAACCAAUUCUGCCUGCGUCUAACGCACCGCCUACACCUCCUCCGUCCCCUCCAUCUCCUGAUGAUCUAGAGAACGUGCCCUCUGGGCCAGUUGAUAACGCACCCUCUGAGCCAGUUGAUAUUCCUUCACCGGUCAAUCCAAUCUUUCGCGAAACGCAAGCAACACCCGACCUUGGCUAUUCCUUGUAUGGCCGAAGACGAAAACCCUCCAGGCGACUCUUGGAGUCGCUAGGCAAGGUGUAUGCGACAGGGAAAUUGAAUGCACCUGUCACAAAAGACGUCGAUCCCCUGACCUUUCACGAGGCGGUGUCGGGACCCAAUCAGCUGGAAUGGUGGGCUGCGAUCCAGAAAGAAUACGCUUCGCUUCUCGAGCAUGGCACAUGGGAGAAGGUUCCACGAAAUGAAGUUCCCCCUGGGGAUCGGAUCAUUGGCUGCAAGUGGGUAUUCAAGACGAAGGCCAAUGGAAUUCGGAAAGCGCGACUGGUCAUCAAAGGCUACCGACAGAAAUAUGGCAUUGACUAUCACGAAACCUUCGCGGCCGUGUCCCGAAUGGAUUCGGUCCGUAGCAUCGUGGCGAGUGCGGUGCUGCGCGGAUGGAAACUCCACCAAUUCGAUGCCGUCACUGCCUUCCUCCACGGCGAUAUCGACUCCUCGAUCUAUAUGGAGCUGCCGGAGGGCUUUGAGGAAGACGGAUACGUUUGCCGACUUCAACGCUCCCUAUACGGACUAAAGCAGGCACCACGGAUUUGGUACCAAUGCGUCCACCGUGUCCUGGUGGCUUACGGCUUCACUAUGGCCCAGUCCGAUAAUUGUGUCUUCUACAAGCCUAACUGUGUUGUCUGCGUGUACGUCGACGACUUUCUAGUCGCAGCCGCGGACGACACCGAGAUCCAACAACUUCAGAGGACCUUAAAAUCGGAGUUCAAACUGAACGAUCUGGGAACGCCGCGUUCAUUCCUUGGAAUUCAAUUCGACUUUCAUAUGGACGGAUCGAUUUCGAUUCACCAACACCAAUACAUCCAAAAGGUCCUUUCCGACUUUUGCAUGGAGACCUGUCAACCGAAGUCUACACCGAUGGCUCCGAAAGCUCUCCUGAAUUACAUUCCAGAAGAGAGCGACCUGGAUGAAGAUGCAAAGGCUCGGUUUGGGACCGCGAUCGGGUCACUAAUGUAUCUUAUGGUCGGUACGCGCCCUGACAUCGCGUUUGCGCUCGGGGCGUUGAGUCGCUUCACAUCCCGACCGCAAUCGCGUCAUCAGGCUGCACUGCAGAGACUGCUCCGCUAUGUCAAGGCCACGCAAUUCUAUCGCAUCACAUACCGCAGCGGGCAGUUGAUCGGAUUAACCGAUGCCGACUUUGGUGGCUCGGUCGUCACGGAUGGUGCAUACUCCACGUCCGGUUAUGUGUUCAAGCUUGCGGGAGGGCCAGUUUCCUGGUCGUCCAAAAGACAGGGGGAAGUGGCGACGUCCACGACUCACGCGGAGUACAUUGGCCAAUACAAUGCCAUCCUUCACUUACAAUGGCUCCGCACGUUCCUGGCGGAAACCUGCCUCUUUCGAUCGCCCGUGACCAACAUCAUGGCUGACAAUCAAUCUGCCAUUGCUCUUUCCCGCAACCCCGAGUUUCACAAACGGACGAAGCAUUUCAACGUGAAAUUCCAUUACCAGCGUGCUGUUCUGAAUUCCGGCGAAAUCAAUCUCGAAUACAUUCCAAGCGAGGAACAGGCGGCUGAUGGACUCACCAAGCCCCUAGGACCCUCUCCAUUCAUUACGUUUUGCAAGCUCCUAGGAAUUGGUACUGAAGAACACAUGAAGGAAAAUGUGUAA